GUAUACGGUGGCAUGUAUGUACACAAAUGUCGCAAUAACCCACAUCAAGCUACUGAUCGGAAUCCCAUUUCUUGGUCUUUUCGAUUCGAGUUACAGUAAAAGGGUUGAAUUCUGAGUCAUUAAAACAUCGUUGGGAAGAUGUGGCCUGACAAAGGGAGUUGGGUUAGGAGGGCUCACGUGAUACUUGUUAGAGGUGCGUCUCCUAACGGUGGCACGUGAGGAGGUACAAAGUAUCUACUAGGAGAUUCCACUGUGGCAGAGGUACCAAGGGGCAGUGCAGGGAGCAGAUGAUUGGCAAACUCCCAUCUUUUCAUACCUACCUUAGUCUGUUGGAUGUAAUCAAGGUACAGCCCUAAUUCAUGUAGUCAGAGACAUCAACAACGCCUUUUCUACCUGGAAAUUCUGCUCCUCAUAUACACACCAAAUCCCUUACCACCAAAUCAGGAUAUUAAGUCCCCCCCCCGCGGAACUGCUUACCACAGGCACUUCUAGGCAUUGACGUGGGACUUCUCGGGACCCGUUUCCUACCACGGCGAACCCCGCAGCCCUGUUGUCCGAUUUCUAAUCCCGGACGGCUUCUGGCUGGACUGUACCUUUUCUCUUUCAACUUUAUCAUUUUUUCCGUUGCUGCAAUUUGAAUUGCGAAAUACAGACACCCAUAGUUCUAACAGCAUCAGUUCGUGUUUAGCCCAACAUGUCGCCGUCCCUUCUGAUGGACACGUCCGACGAUUUCGUCAUGCCCACCCCCAAGGCUAUUCCAGUCCAGCAAUCGCAGAGAACCCUCCUCCUGUCCCCGCCGUCCUUAUCAUCACACCAGGAGAAACUCACCGGUGUCCUACAAGCCUUCGAUCGAUCAGUCACAGACCUUCAAAUGCUGGAUAGACUUGCAAUCGGCCUCGUCUCCUUGCCCCCAUCUACCUACGAUUUGAUCCUUAUCUUGACCGAUGCCGAUGGCGGUCGUCGCGAAUCACAAGCACUAUUAAGCCGGGCUAUUCUAUCUGUUCUCGUUCAGGCAUUGAAGAGCGGUGGAAAACUACGCAGUCAAGACGGAUUAUUGGGAGAGUCAGAGGGAACAGAAAAGAACGAAGCCAUAUUGGCAGGACUUUCGUUUGAGUCGGGUGUGGGAUUCGUCAAACCUGACACCAGUGGUUAUGCCGCGGUACCAUUGAAAUUUGGACGGAAAAAGGCACAGGCUGCGGGAGGACCGAAUCAAACCAACGGAGACCAAGUUUCAGUGCCGCUGAAUGGAAAGCGGAAGAGUGUUGAGGAAACGCCUUUGCCUCCCGGUGUUGGUUUUGAUGAUGGAGUUGACUCGGACGACGAUUUGAUUGACGAAGACGAGUUGAUGGCAGAUGAGGACGCGAGAGGACCCAUCAAAAUUCCAACACAGUGCCAGCCCAAAGCCAAACGACGCCGAGCCUGCAAAGACUGCACCUGCGGUCUCGCUCAGAAGCUAGAAGAAGAAGACCGAGCCAAGAGAGAACAGGCGGAUCAAGCAUUAAACACCAUGAAACUCCAGGCAGAUGAUCUUGCCGAAGUUGAUUUCACAGUCGAAGGGAAGGUGGGCAGUUGCGGAAAUUGUGCUCUCGGAGGUAAGUUUUUCAAUUGUUUUGACGGUGAGAGAACGAGUAUUGACUUAAGGUCUCUAGAUGCAUUCCGCUGCGAUGGAUGUCCCUAUAUUGGACUACCUGCAUUCAAACCAGGUGAAGAGGUUCUACUACUGAACAACGACAUUCAACUGUAGACGACUUUGAACAAUUGUACCAUAUGCAUAGCGUGGAGUUGAGGACACCUCGAACUAGGGAGGAUGCAAGUUGGGAAUGAGACGGCAAUGUCAAUAGCAACGCAGAUUCCUGCAGUUGGUGAUGAAAAAUGAACAAUCUGGAUAGAUCAUGGGAUGGUAGGCCGUUGAAGGGUCUCUCUGGCAUGGACAACUACUCCAUUGGCGGGCGGGAGGGUACGUUACACAAUAGACGGUGUUAAUCAAUACAUGCACACUACAACUCAUCAUAAUACCAAGCCAUCGCCUUGAAUACUUUGGCUGAUUCUCCUUUCUC